AGUGUUGUGGGUUUUCGACGGACAUAUAAUUAUGCUAGAAAUCAAGACACAAACUUCAGAACACAACGGUUACAUACAAACAAGUAAAUCUAGAACAAAAAAAGAGAUAGAGCACACAUAAACGAGGCACCAGAUUUACGUGGUUCACUCGAAAAACAAGGGCUACUACAUCCAUGAAGUCACUGCGGUUUCGCGGUUAUCUGUUUACUACAUCCAUGGAGUCACUGUUGUUUCACGGUUUUUGUUAUAUUAUCAUGGAGGUUACAAGAGUCGUACAGAACCUCUCAAUCUAACCGAGAUCAACUAUAGAAACUAAAAAUGUGUAAAGUACCCAUUUCAUCGCGUCAGACGCCUAACACUUGAGCGAGCACAUGGUAUAUGCGUCUGACGUGUUUAAUAUAUUCACCUCAGAAGCAUAUUUACUAGUGAAGUUUACUGGAGAACGAUGCAUCAAACUCUUGUGCUUUGCAUGAAAUGAACUACGGCUCCUAGUAAAAACAAAAUUUAACAUGUAGAAAUAAAAAAUUAAAAAAUGUGAAUAUUUUUGCAGUCCCAACUCCUUGAAUUGAGAAAUUGACCAGUCUCACACUACACAUACCUGCAUCUGAUAACCCGUAUCUGAGUCUCUGUAACAUGCCCUCGAGAACUUUGUUAAUUGAGUUACAAAUAAGGAUGAACGAUUCUUGUAUGUGCUAGCAAACUACAAUUUCCCGUUGCACGAAAAGCAUGUACCGCUGACAGAGCAGCCUUUGAUCCCGGUCUAUAGGGGCCUUCUCUGCUAGAGUUCAUCUUUGAACAAAGCACACUGAAACCUACAUGUCAACAACACCAUGCUCCCACAGCCGCCACAAAAAGUGCAGUAAAGUCUCUAUUAUGAGACAAAUACCCUGAAAUUCGGUUCCCACGUCCCCAUUUUUUCUUUAGUUGUCCUUAGUUGCACCCCUUCUCUCCUCGCAAGUUAUGUUGCCUAAUUUUUGAUCUUGUUCUCAGCAAAAUAGUUAGAAGAUGAAAAUUCUCAAAUUGAGUUGCACGUGAUGCUGAACAUCCUCAAGUAAUUAAUCUGUCUUCGCAUUGACAUUACCUUUUCUUAAGAGUUGCUUCUUUUCCUUUCAGGCUUUGAUUUGGUUUGCAAUGGAUACCUCACCUCAAGCUACAGAAACUCAAAUUGCUGUCAGGUCUGAAUUGGACAGUAUAUCGACAGGGUUGAUGCCAAGUGACGACCAGUGCUUCCUCCUAUAUUUCAUACUGGGUACCUUCUUUGGGCCUGAUCUCAAGGCAGAAAGUCCCCGAAAGUCCGUUUUACAAAGGUUUGCUGAGGCUCUUCCCUCAUAUACUUCUGAACAGCUUGCGGGCUCCCACAUUAAAAAAGUUGAAGUAGAGAGGGUAUAUCACUAUGUACUUAGAAAGGCAGAUGACUCCGCUGUGGUAAAAGGACCUUGGUUGGACCGGUUCCUCCAUGGGAAUCUCCCUAUGCCAGCGAAAUACCCUCAGUUUCCUGAUCUCUUUCCUCCUCAACUUCAUCCGCACUCGCGGUUCAAAACCCUUUACAAGAUCAUUGAAAACGUUGUAUUUAUUAACCACCCAGAAUCAUACUAUAUCAAGCCUGAGGAUAUGGAAAGGUUCAAACGGCUAACUGGGUUACAAAACUUGGUUUUGGAUAGAGAUGGUGCAAGGAUGUACACUGGUGUCGAUGAUGAGGCAUUGUAUGACAUAUCGUUGCAGGAGGUUGGUUUUAAUGGCAACGGUACUAAAACUACAGGACCUCUAAACUGUGUCCACAAGAACAGAGAAUCUUCGCAAACUGUCCAUGUUUUGGGACCGGUCAAUGGGGCACCGCAUAAUUGUGUACCUGUGACUUACAGUAAUGUGGCUCCAUUGCCAGCUGAAGUAGGCACCAGGGGUGAGGGGGGAUUUGAGUCAGGAAUGGUAUUUCUUCCUUCUCCCCCAACUAGAGAAGAGUGGGGAAACAUUGUAAAUGUAACCAGAAGUGGAUAUUCAAUCACUGGGACUGCAGCAAUGGGUCAUUUUGGACCGUCUAUUGGACUCUUGGACAUUGGAGAAUGUGAGGAUUCCUACCUAUUCCGCGUAUCCCUUCCUGGGGUGAAAAGGGAUGAGAGAGAAUUUGGUUGUGAAGUUGCAAUUGAUGGUAAAGUAUUGAUAAGAGGAGUGACAACCACGGGCGAGCAAACCGUAUAUAUGCAGUCCCAGGUGUUUGAAAUGCAGACACAGAACCUUUGUCCGUCGGGGCACUUCUCCAUCUCGUUUAAGCUGCCAGGUCCAGUUGAUCCUCAACAAUUCUCUGGUAAUUUCGGUACUGAUGGGAUUCUUGAGGGCAUUGUGAUGAAGGGGGUACAAAAGGAGAAUAACUGAGUAAACCCGUCUUAUUGGCAAAAGUAGUUAUCAUCAUCGUUGGUUCACUGUAUAUUCUGUCAGGAAUGCUGUGUUUGUAUAAAGUUUAGGAUGUGGAGUUAGUCUAUCUAUCAAAUGCGUGCAAAUAUGUUAGCAACUGUUCGCUGCAUAUCAGAAGUAAGCUCUUGUUAUUGCCAGAACUUGUUCUCAACGCCGAUUUUCGCUGUAUAUUCUCUCCUAACUGCUGGUUGAAGAUGUUAUUUUGUUCUCUC